GGCGGGCGGGCGUCCGCCUCUAGGCGAUACAUAUAACGGUUCUUUCUCUUUUCUCAUUUUCUCUUUUCCCUUUGAAAUAACAACUGACCCCUCUAGACCGGAGAGAGAAAUUUUGAGAAAGAAGAAGAAGAAGAAGAAAGGCGCAGGUAAUCGGGAUCCGCGGUCCGCUCAAAACCGUCGGUCGACAGCUUUUUGGCCGCCAAGUCGGCCGCCGCACCGUUUGGGUUUUUACCAUUUCUCUAUUUAUUUUUCCAAAACUUAUAUUAUUUUCAAGUGAGUGCGCGGUUCGCCCGGAAUCCAAGGGAUGGGUUUGCGGAGUCGAAAUUUUUAGACAGAAGGGAUUCCCCCCUUUUUGUGUGUGUGUGUGUGUGUAUGGCUGCUGUUGGUUUCUCUCUUAUAUUGCACGAUAGGUUCACACUCGUCGAACACCGUCAGUCCAGUCUCAGUGUUGCCGAUCAGAGCCGACAGUGCGGUUCGUCCGUCUCUCUCCGGUCCUCUGCCUCAGUGCUGUGUCGUGUCUAAAGCGACAGAGUGUCUCUCUCUAUACGCAGGUGAUUGCUCAUCCCCAACACACUAGUCAGGCCCGAGAUGAAUUCCGGAAUGGUUCACCUUGCCACUUGGCUUCUCCUCAUCGUCGGUGGAUCGUUGGUGGUCGAGAGUCGGACCGUCAGAUUGCUGGCCAACUCUUUGCCGACUUCCGUCAACAAACAACAACCUACUGCUGGCCGUCAUCCCCUUACUGCCGAGAUAAAAGGCCAGCACAAUGACAAGAGGGUCUCAUCAUCACCUUACACACAUCAAGGAGGCGCAAUGGAUGGCUCGAAGCUUUUCGACGGACUCACCUUGGCCACCUACGGGACCAAGAAUUUCGUUCAAGAGUCUGGUAAUAAUAAUCUCCCCAAAUUAAAAAAUCGCCAGGGCCUUGGCGGGGCUUUCAGCGAUUUCGGACCCUACAUGGGCAAAUUCAUCUACAAACUUUUCGUCAGACGGGCAUUAAUCAAACCGAUGGUGAAAGGAAUGAAGAGACUCAUUCCCGGAACCAUGUACCACUAUUACAACGACAUCAUGUCAAGCAACCGCGUCUUCAAGAUGAUGGAGCCCCUCUCACCGGCCAUCUCCUCCUACACGUACAACAAAUUCGAGCAGGGCAUUUUCUGGAGCCUCAAUCGGGCCGGCUCAUUUGUUAUGGACAAUUUCAUCGAAUUCGAGCGAUAAAAUCGAUAAGAGUUUAUAGGGGUGGAUGGGCUGAAACAAAUUCCUGUAGGUUUUUCAUGUCCAAAUUCUUGUCAGUUAGUUUUUGGGGUUUAAACGAUGAAAAAUGAGUCGACAGCCGAGAUGGACGAGAUGGACGAGUAUUUUUCUAAAAAAUUUUGUAUCGAAAGCCAUACGUACGUAGUAAUUUGUUUAAGUUAUAGUCGAAAUUAGUAAUUUGUUUUUCGUGUGUUGUCAUGGCUCCGUUGUAUUGCUCAAUCCUGGUGUACGUGAUUUAUUCGGAAAGUUCUAGACAUUUGAAAAUGGCGCGCGCGCCAACCCCGUAGACAGCGAUGCAUGGCUAAAUUAUAUGUGUCGAACCCUUUUGGCGCAAUCGAAUUAGGUUUUAAAAUAUAAAAUCUAGAUUAAACGUUAGAGAAUAUCGAUUUAGUUUUAUAAAAUAUUUGAGAUAAGAUUCAAGUUGAUAGUUGAAUAAUUUUUUUGUUUUCCCCUUUUUUAGAAAUAACAUUUGUUUGUUUCGGUGCAAUAAUUCUAUGACGAGCUUUUUUUUGUCCGAUCUUGUUAAAUUAUUAUUGUAUCUCAUGCGCGGAUGACGGAAUUUACGGAAUGUCGAUAACGAAAUAACGUGGGAUGGAUCCUUCAAUUCCUAUUCUGAGGAUAUAACGGAACGAUUGUACAUUUGGAGACUAGCCAAGUCCAGAAUUUGAUUCGUGAAAUGGUUCAAUACACUACUACGUUCACUGUA